AGUUGUUGAGUGUAUUCUAUGAUGCUACUUUAGUAUUCUCCGGAGCUAAAUAUCCUACAUCAAACUUAUAUUUUCCUCAAGUUUUCUUGAUUGAGCUUACUUUAAGGCAAGAGAUUCAGAGUGCAGAUGCUUUCAUACAAAGAAUGACACGGCAGAUGUAUCAAAAAUUUGAAAAGUAUUGGUCGGAUCAUAGCUUAAUCUUGGCCAUGGCAGUUAUUUUGGAUCCUCGGUACAAAUUUCAGUUUGUGGAUUACUGUUAUAAGAAGUUGAAUGGGUAUGGUUCUACUGAGAGCAUGCACAUCCGUGAUUGUAUGUUUUCUCUCUUUAAUCAGUAUAUGCUUGGUUCUUCUAAAACUCCAACUGCCAGCACAUCAACUCAUGGAGAUGUAGAGACUGGUACUUCUUCUGAAACUUCCGAAGCAUUUAGAAAAGCAGAUGCUUUUAAGGAUUUUGAUACAUUUGAAAGAUUUGAUUUUGUGACUACUGCACAGAAGUCUCAAUUGGAAUUAUAUUUGGAUGAGCCUAGAGUUGAUAGGAUGUCCAAUUUGGAUAUCCUUGAUUUUUGGAAAACCAAACAGUCUCAUUAUCCUCAACUUUCUCUUAUGGCACAUGAUAUUUUAACUAUUCCAAUAUCUACGGUCGCCUCUGAAUCUGCUUUUAGUAUCGGUGGGCGAGUACUUGAUAAGUAUCGUAGUGCUCUUAAACCGGAUAUUGCUGAGGCCUUGAUUUGUACUCGAGAUUGGGUGUUUGAAAAGAAAGAUGUUGAGGAGGCCGAGUUAGAUGAGAUUGUAGAAGAUGUCAUAAACUCAAGUUCCUACAAUGAAACUCAAUCAACUCAAUGCUCGGCCAAUGUUGAAUCCAAUUCGUAGUGAGAUGAAUCAUGAUCAUGGAUACUACUUUUUGGUUUUGGUUUAAAUAUGGAUGUUGUUAUAGUUUGGGACUUUUUUUAGUUUUGUUUUGACUAUGGAUACUCCUUUUUUGAUUUUUUUGUUGUCAUUGGACUUAUGCAGUUAUGGACCUUAUGGCCAAUGUGGUUUCCUUUGAUAUUUAUAGCUAUUUGGUAGUUUCUUUUGCUAGAUUCUAUGCAAUGCUGUUUUUAUUUUUAUUCAAUAAUAGUCUAACUCUUCUUGGGGUAAGUUUUCUGAAUUCCUUGAAAGUAGAAGAUCUGACCUGUACCAAACCAAAAGUGAAGAGAUUGUAAGUUUUUCAGACAUUGCAGUGUGGUGAGUUAGUACCUCUCUUGUAUGCUUGUAUGCUCAGCAUGUUGUGGAGGUAAAAAAUGUUGAUGCUUGUAUGCAUAAGUUUCAGAAAUAUAUAGUACUUAUCAAAACCAAUUUUCUGUUAGAUGUCUGCAGCAGCAUUUGCCAAAGGGCUUCUUGAUUUGGAGGGUCAGUUAACUCCAAUUCUGAUUAUUACUCUGCUGAUGAUCUUGUGGUGAAGCGAAGA